AUGGCUUUCCAGAGAUGUCGCUACUAUUCUUCUCUGUUUCAUCGUUGCCUUGGGAAAAGCUCAUUCGCAUAUACAACAAAAAGAUUUCAUGUGUCCUACGGCAAGGCAUCAUAUGUGAAUACCCUGAAUGCAGCAGCCAAUUUAAUAUCACUGUUCAUUUUACUUCCUGCGGUGAUAUAUCUUUUCGAUAAAAAACUAAGAUGGGUAAUUGCUGUUAGAGAUAAGCGCAUUGCGCAAAUAAGCGCUCUGAUGAUGUCUCUUAGAUGUUUCAUCAUCUUCAUCGCACCAAAUCUACUUUUUCUCAUCAUUGGGAUUGUUAUAUUUGGGCUAGGGUCAUCCUUUACGGUCACAGCAAGGACUCUAGUGACCUCUCUUGUCGAUGCAGAGCAUAUAAGUACGGUCUAUGCAACAAUCUCAACUAUCAGCUCGCUGGGAAUGCUUGUAGCAGGACCGCUUUUGGCUUUCACUUUCCACAUGGGUAUGGCAUUAGGUGACCUUUGGGUGGGAAUGCCAUUUUUAUUUGCUGCAGUGUUAUAUGCACUAACGGUCUUCGGUGUAUCCUCAGUGAAGCUGUCUAUCUAA